CUUCUCAAUCACAGUGCAUGUGGCUCAGCUAGGGUGCAGAGGUCUGGGAUUCCAAUGGUUGUGCAUUUUGUGUUGGCAGGAGGAAAAGGGGAAGGCAGCCCCCAGCCACAGCAUGAACUAAUAAUACCUCAGUGGAAGGCUGCAGAAGGCCCUAUGGGAGAAAAGCAUCCACUCAAAGCUGAGCUCAGGGUAAUGGCCGAGGGGCGAGAGCUGAUCCUGGACCUGGAGAAGAAUGAAUACCUUUUCGCUCCAACCUACACAGAAACGCAUUAUACUCCGAGUGGCAACCCUCGAACCACCACGCUGAAAUCCGAGGAUCACUGCUUUUACCACGGGACGGUGAGGAAGGCGGAGGAGUCCAGUGUCACGCUCAGCACCUGCCGAGGAAUGAGAGGACUGAUUGUGGUGAACAGUAACCUCAGCUACAUCAUCGAGCCCCUCCCCGACAGUGGGGGCCACCACCUUAUUUACAGAUCUGAACAUCUCAAGCUGCCUCCCGGGAACUGUGGGUUCGAGCACUCUGGAAACACCAGCAGGGACUGGGGCUUUCAGUUUACAAACCAGAUCAAGAAACGACCUCACCGGAUAAAAAGGGAAGACUUGAACUACAUGAAGUACGUGGAGCUCUACAUUGUGGCUGAUUCUGCGGAGUUUACCAAGAAUGGACGAGAUCUGGAAGCCACCAAAAACAAGCUCAUCGAGAUCGCCAAUUAUGUUGAUAAGUUUUACCGACCCUACAACAUCCGGAUUGCUCUCGUGGGCUUGGAAGUAUGGACUCAUGGGGAUCAGUGUGAAAUUUCGACGAACCCCUAUACCACCCUCUGGUCAUUUCUUCGUUGGAGGCGCAAGCUGGUCUUUCGGAAGAAGCACGACAAUGCACAGUUAAUCACAGGCGUGCGUUUCCAGGGCGUCACCAUCGGCCUGGCCCCCCUCAACGUCAUGUGCUCCGUGUACCAGUCUGGAGGCGUGAACAUGGACCACUCUGAGAAUUCCAUUGGCGUGGCUGCCACCAUGGCCCACGAGAUGGGCCACAACUUCGGCAUGACCCAUGAUCUGAAAGGUUGCUGCCACGCCAGCGCGGCUGACGGUGGGUGCAUCAUGGCAGCCGCCACCGGGCAUCCUUUCCCCAAAGUGUUCAAUGGAUGCAACAGGAGGGAGCUGGAAAGGUAUCUGCAGUCAGGUGGUGGGAUGUGUCUCUCGAACAUGCCAGACAUCAAGAUGCUGUACGGAGGCCGGAGAUGCGGAAAUGGGUACCUGGAAGAAGGGGAAGAGUGUGACUGUGGGGAGGAAGAGGAAUGUGACAAUCCCUGCUGCAAUGCCUCUAAUUGCACCCUGAGGGAAGGGGCAGAGUGUGCCCACGGCUCCUGCUGUCACCGCUGUAAGCUGGUGGCCCCUGGCACGCUGUGCCGCCCACAGGCCCGGCAGUGCGACCUCCCAGAGUUCUGCACGGGCAAGUCUCCCCACUGUCCCACCAACUUCUACCAGAUGGACGGCACCUCCUGCGAGGGCGGCCAGGCCUACUGCUACAACGGCAUGUGCCUCACCUACCAGGCCCAGUGCGAGCAGCUGUGGGGUCCCGGUGCCCGGCUUGCUCACGACCUCUGCUUCGAGAGGGUGAAUGUGGCAGGGGACACCUAUGGGAACUGUGGGAAGGACAUGAAUGGGAAACACAAGAAGUGCAGUAUCAGGGAUGCCAAGUGUGGGAAGAUCCAGUGUCAGGCUUCUCAGUCCAGGCCCCUGGAGUACAACGCCGUGGCCAUCGACACCACCAUCACCAUCAACGGGCGGGAAGUCCAGUGUCGGGGCAUCCACGUCUACCAAAGUGCCGAGGAGGAGAAUGACAUGCUGGACCCAGGCCUGGUGCUGACGGGGACCAAGUGUGGCUACAACCAUAUUUGCUUCGAGGGGGAGUGCAGGAACACCUCCUUCUUUGAAACCGAAGGCUGCGGGAAGAAGUGCAAUGACCAUGGGGUCUGCAACAACAACCAGAACUGCCACUGCAACCCAGGCUGGGCCCCACCCUACUGCAACACGCCUGGCUUUGGAGGCAGCAUCGACAGCGGGCCCAUGCCCCCCGAGGGCGUAGGUCCCGUGCUGGCCGGCGUGUUCUCGGCCCUCUUCGUGCUGGCGGUGCUUGUGCUGAUAUACUACUGCUGCAAGCAGGACAGCAGGCUGGGCCAGCUCAAGGCCUUUGCCCUUCCCUCCAAGUUGAGGCAACAGUUCAGUUGUCCCUUCAGGGUGUCUCAGAACAGCGGAACUGGACAUGCCAACCCAACAUUCAAGUUGCAGACCCCCCAGGGCAAGCGAAAGGUGAUUAACACCCCUGAACCCCCACGGAAGCCUCCUGUGCCCCCUCCGGACUAUCUGCAGGGCAGCUCCCCACCUGUGCCAUUGCCAGCACACCUCCUCAGGACUCCUAGGAACCCCCCUGGGGCUGGACCCCAAGUAGAGCGGAAGGAGUCAGCCCGGAGGCCGCCCCCAAGCCGGCCAAUGCCCCCCGCACCACAUUGCAUCCUCUCCCAGGAUAUCUCCAGGCCUCGGCCACCUCAGAAGGCGCUCCCGGCCAACCCCGUGCCAGGCCGCAAGAACGUCUCCAGGCCCGGCGGUGCCGCCAUCCUGCCACCCACCGCCGCGGGCCGCCCUCAGCAGUCCUGGCCUCUGUUAACCCCCGCCCCAAAGUUUCCUGACUACACAGCGCAGAGGGCUGGGUGGAUGACUAACUCAAGAAUCUAGACCUGUCUAGGGGCUGCUCCCUUUCCCGGGACUCAGCACCACAGUCUGGAAGCCGCCUGGCCGCCUCUGAGCCCCUCCUCCUGGACCACCGCAUCUCCGAAAAUCUCCUUCUGGACUCAUUGCCUCCCAGCCUCCUCUCGGGCCCAGAGUCCCCACCAUCCAACGGCAUCCCAGAGUUGUUUUGUGCAAUAUACAGCCCGCGGGGAGAGGAUGAAUGGCGGCUUCUCUAAGCUCCCUUCAGCUGGCCCCUCACCGCAGAGGUGCCCAGGCCCGGGCUGUCUGCGCUGAGGAGCCCGGCUGGGAAAAGUCCCCUCAGCCCUUCAGGUCAGGACUUAGCGCGGAGGAGCCGUCCAUCCUCAUCCCUUGGUGGAAGGUGUGCAUGGGAGCUUGCCAGGGCUUGUCUUCCUGAAGGUCCCCGGCUGGACGGAGGCCGGGCACUUCCCCAUCCUUUGUAGCUCUGAGACAGAGGGUCAAACCAGCCGCUGCUGUGUUCCUGCCCGGGCUUGGCGGGCAUCACAGCUUCUGGCUCUGCGUCCACACGGGAACAAGUCUAGUUCCCUCCUCUGCCCUCCCACAUCCCCUAUCCCCUUCCCCUUAUUUCUCGGGUCUCUCUGACUCAGACAGGUACUAGUUGUAGGCAGUGUCGACAGCAGGGGGAGCACCAGGCCUCCCCUGAGCCGUAAUGCCAAAGGUUUAGACUCCUGACUCACGGUCAUUCUUGAUUGCCAUUGUCUUCUGCACUUUCUAAGUGCCCCACGCUUUUCCCCGCUUGGACCCGCCCCGUGUGAGGUGCUGCGGGGAGUGGACCCACCGCGGUGCUGACUUCCUGGGGACCUGGUGCUUGUGUCCUGCCCGAGGGUGCGUGCCAUCGGUUCUCACGGGUGUUGACCAUAGUGGACUCGGGCCCUGGCUGUGGGGGCGUGGCUUCGUUUUCCAUUGUGUUUUAUAACCUCAGCAAGGUGUCUCCCCCUUCCUCCCUGACCUAAGCCUACUCAAGGUCCCUAGGGGCAGGGACGGCAGCAGGUGCAGUGACCUAGGGAGCAGACGUCCUAGGAACCCCAGUCUGUGCCUCGGUCUGGUCAUGGCCCUCGACAGAGCAGCCCUGUCUCUGGAGGUGCCUAAGAAGCCGCCAUCGGCCAUCUCGAAGGAAGAGAGUCUGAGCUGGGGCCAGCCAGGCUGUUGAGGCUCUACUUCCUUGCGUUCUCUCUGGUCACUGCCUUACUUGCCCUCACGGAGAGAACUCGGAGCAGCCUCAGACGCCGCUCAGAGAGCCCUGCCCUCCCCGGAGCAGGAGGGAGGGCUGUGUGGUGCUCUGCACGGUCAGACCACUUGUCCCUGGAAUGUUCUCUGGGACUGCCACCCCCGGGAAGGUGCUCUUGGAAACCUCAGUGCACGGAAAAGACUUGAGCCCUCACCCCCGACCCUUUACAGUUCUCUGCACACGACAGGUGCUCAAUAGAUUGGGUUCGCAGGCAAGUGGGAGAUUUGGGACCUGCACCUGGGGACACACAUCGGUGGGUUUAGAAAGGUCUCAGGGAAAUGGGGUCUCUUCCCUCAGGUAGUCAUGAUGUUCACGCCCCGUCUCCCUGACAUGGGCCCUGGUGGCCCCCCAUCGUCAAUUUCUGCCUUCCUUGCUGUUGAUUAAGUCAGGGGGCAGCCUGCCAUUGAAGUGUGGUACUGCAAACAUCCAGGCUUCAAUGCUGGGUCCCAGAAAUGUAAAGAACCCCCCCCCCCAAAAAAAAAGUCACCCUGAAGCCACCCGUGGCUCACAGGUUCCCCUGUGGCGUGUCCAGCCUUUCUCCCUGGCGUCAGGGGCAGAUGGCCCUGCGGGGAAAUGCCCCCGCCCUGUGGCUAUUCGAGCCUUUUGAACCCGAAGUCCACUCUCCCUGGAACCAGAACCCAAAGAGAUCUGGGUUGUUGCUUUCUUGUUUUUGUUUUGUUUUGUUUUUGUUUUCCAUGGUUACCACCUCCAUCCCAUAAAAUUGUACUGUGAACUGGAAGAUGGUAGAAUUUUUUAAAUUUGAUAGACUUUUGGCAGCCGGUUCUCGUGGCUGUUUCAAUCCGGGCUCUGUGUAUGGGGCCAGGUGUCGCCACUCUGGCAGGCCACGGUGGCUGCCCAGGAGCAGAAGCGGCCAUGCCGUGCCCCUUUCCCCGCCUGUGCCCAUGUGCUGCAAAGGUAAAUCCGGACUCAAGGAAGGAGGGGCUGUAUUUGAAAGGAUCACUGCAAGACGGGGAAAGGGAAUAUUUCAGCCGGGAGAAUGCUCAGGCAAGCUGCUGCCAAGGCUGCCCGCCUCCCAGAGCUCCAGAAGAAAAAGGCCUUUUGCUUUCGCAGGGAGGAGCGAACUUGGUGAGAAAGAGGUGUGUUCAGGGACCAUCUUGUGCUCGGCCUUUUGGGGGAGGGACUGUAUGUUGGGCCGAGGGUGGGUCCAGGUUCAGAGGCCCAUGGGGAGGAGAGGAGCGGAGCUAAGGUUUCGUGGACUGAGUUAACUGGCGCUUUGUUCAGAUGGAGCUGUGUAUAAAUCUUUUUUAAAGCGAAUUCAGCCUUCUGCCAGUUUUACAACCUUGGAAAUGUUUUCCUUACAAGCCUGGGAGCCAUCUCUGAAAUGUAAACCUCAGGGGACCUCAAGGAGACAGCGCCUGGUCCCUGCCUGUCCGGGUGGGAGCGGCAAGCCAGGCGCGGGCUCCAGGUGGGAAGUACCUGCCGGCCUGGGUUCUCUUUGGCCCUGUUUACUUCUCCCUAUAAAAGAAACGCCCUUUCUGCCACAGCUCUGAGACGCUCACAGGUUUCUCGGGAUUGCAGUAGCCCCUGGCCCCACCGCCCUUGCUGCCUCUUGCAAUAAUCCUUUCGAAUACAGCCUCCCCUUACCCAGGUCCGAACUCGUGUUUGGCAGAGGGCAUGGCAGACCUGCAUGUUUAAAUUGGGGACAAGUUCUGCAGUCAGCGACUGUGUGAACUGUGCGUACAAUAGCUCUGCUGGACACCCCAGGAAGCCACGGGUAUGCCGACUAGAAAGGUGCUAAGCGGGGUUCUGCAGAAUCUAAGCCAGGCGCCCCCAAAGCUCCCCUUCCCCGCAUCCUCUCACACCAUCCGCUGUGUGUGCGUGUGUGAGUCUGCGAUCCAGGGCAAUGUGAAUUUUCUUUUAUAUGGGAGAUUGUUCAUAGGAAACAGAUCAUCUUCUCUCUCGUCCACCUAGUAAUUGUUUACAGUAUUUGUACAUCUAUGCAAAAUACUUGAAUGGGCCAUGGUGCCUUUUCCCCUUGUUUGUAUUUAAUUAAACUAAAUUGUCAUUUGAAGUGUC